GCUCCCUCCCCGGUCAGAGGGACAGAGCGAGAAGAUGGCGAAGACGUACGAUUAUCUCUUCAAGCUGUUGCUGAUCGGAGACUCGGGGGUGGGCAAGACCUGCCUCCUAUUCCGCUUCUCCGAGGACGCUUUCAACACCACCUUCAUCUCCACGAUCGGAAUUGAUUUUAAAAUAAGAACAAUAGAGCUGGAUGGAAAGAAAAUCAAACUGCAGAUCUGGGACACAGCUGGCCAGGAAAGAUUCAGAACAAUCACAACAGCAUAUUACAGAGGAGCCAUGGGAAUUAUGCUGGUAUAUGACAUUACUAAUGAAAAAUCUUUUGAAAAUAUUAAAAACUGGAUAAGAAACAUUGAAGAGCAUGCUUCUUCAGAUGUUGAACGAAUGAUCCUGGGCAACAAAAGUGAUAUGAAUGACAAACGACAAGUAUCUAAAGAAAGAGGAGAAAAGUUAGCAAUUGAUUAUGGAAUUAAAUUCCUUGAGACAAGUGCAAAAUCCAGCAUAAAUGUAGAAGAGGCAUUUUUUAUACUUGCACGGGAUAUAAUGACAAAACUCAACAGAAAAAUGAAUGACAGCAAUUCACCGGGGGCAGGAGGACCAGUGAAAAUAACAGAAAACAGAUCAAAGAAGAGCAGUUUCUUCCGCUGUACACUCCUUUGAUAAACUCUUAAUAAUGGACUACAGCACACUGAGAAGAACAUUUCCUGCUUUUCUGAAAGCACAGGGUCACAUAGCCCCAGAGACAUAAUACCACCAAGCUGCCACUGAGAGCUCCAUGGAACUCAGAUUUCUUUAAACAAAAUACAACAUGGAUUAUGGCCAUGUGGCCUUUCAGCAGGUCAGGCUCUUUUCCUCAAACAUGGAAGCAGUGAAGUGGAGACACACGCAGGAGUUAACUUUUUGUUUGUUUUCUUGCCUGUUGCAAAAGCUGCUAUCUUUCUUUUAACUUUGCACAUCAGUGUUAGUCCUUGCCUGUUACAGCACAAUCAUACACUUGUAUUUGCACAGUUUUGUCUUGUGAAGUUCUUAGCAGAUUUGUGCAUUUUCAGGGAAGUUUACAAAAGAGAAAUUUUUAAAUUUACACAAAUUCAGAGACUUCAUCUGGUUUAUAGGGACAAAUAUAAUUUGUAGUAUGUGCUUUGAAGGGCUCUAGUCUUAUGUAAAUUUCUUAAAAAGAAAAGUUGAUGCUAAUGAGGUUUUUUUUUUAAUUCAAGAAAAUGCACUGGUCUGUACCAAGGCCACUACUUCUUCCUCUCUUCAGAAUGUAGGGCUUUGCUUCAUUCUUGU